AUGAUACUACGACAUCAAAAAAUCGGUGGAACUGGGAAAACAGUAGAAAUUGAUGAGUCCAAAUUCGGGAGGCGAAAAUACCACAGAGGGCAUCGCGUUGAAGGCCAGUGGGUAUUUAGUGGAGUUGAACGUGAAACGGGUGGUUGUUUCCUUGUACCGGUGGAGAAACGUGACAAGGAAACUUUGUUGGCAGUCAUAAAAGACUGGAUUUUGCCGGGAACAUUAAUAAUUAGUGAUUGUUGGAAAAGUUAUGACUGUUUAAAAGAUGAAGGGUAUAGACAUUUGACUGUAAAUCAUUCGAUAGAGUUUAAAAACCCGGAAACUGGAGCACACACCAACAACGUUGAAGGAAUGUGGCGUCAUGCCAAAGCUUCAAUGACCCAGUAUUCUCGGAAAAAAACAUUUUUACGCUGGUUAUUUGGCCUAAUACAUGUUUUUAAAGGUUUACCGUUCAUCUGCUCUAAACCCUUUAGUUGA